AUGGCUCAGCAGUCUAACAACCUGGGCAAUGCGAACCAGGUCGUGACGACAAACACGUAUGACUGGUUACAGAACCGGGAGCAGCAGGAGCGGUUGAGUGACACGGCGCACAACUCGACUGCAUUUAUCGGCACAUUGGGGAGAUGGACAAGUUUUGUGUGGCAUGGCGGGGACGGAACUCCGUCGAGGUUAACACUGGGCGAAGAGCACUACGAAAUUCAAUAUUCUGUUUUUGAGCCUCUGAGAGGCUACACUGAGAUACCGGUUCUCCCUGAUAGAGAUGCACUCACGCAGCAUUUCCGGUGUGUUGUGAAAGACUGCGUUGACGCAAUCACCAACUACAACAUCGAAUUACAGCGCAUAAAAGCCGGCUCAAGCGGGUCUUAUUUUGUCUACGGAACGGGAGACUCUCAAACACCGCUGGGGGUGUUCAAACCAAAGGAUGAAGAACCUUACGGCCCGCUAUCGCCGAAAUGGACGAAGUGGGCACACAGGACAUUCUUCCCCUGUUUUUUCGGGCGCAGCUGUUUGAUUCCAAACCUUGGCUACAUAUGUGAGUCGGCGGCUAGUGUGUUGGAUGAGCUCUUAGGAACCGGUUUGGUUCCCCACACUGAUACGAUAGUGCUGAUGUCUCAGAAUUUUUACGACAAAAGGAGAGCGUGGUUUGCAACGGAGCCUCGGAAACUACAGAAGUCUGGAUCUUUCCAGCUCUUUGUCAAGGAUUAUGUAGGCGCUGGUGAGUUUCUCGACAAGCAUCCUUUCCCUGGUAUGUUCAGGGAACGUGUAGAUCACAAGCAGGAAGAGGAGUUUCAUUGGAACGCACAGACACUACAAACGUUCCGCUUGAAGCUGGAAAAGCUGAUUAUUCUUGACUAUAUCAUGCGUAACACUGAUCGUGGACUCGACAACUGGAUGAUCCGUGUCCGAAAACUUUCCGAUAAUACCUGGGACUUAGAGCUGGCUGCUAUAGACAAUGGCCUCGCGUUCCCCUGGAAGCAUCCCGACGAGUGGAGGUCGUUCCCAUAUGGGUGGCUAUAUCUCCCCGUGAAUAUCCUGGCGCAACCGUUCUCCGAAUCAACAAGGCGGCACUUUUUGCCCCUGCUAACAAACAAAAAAUGGUGGGAAAAUUGUCACUCACAACUUAGAGAGCAAUUCAGCCGUGACGCUGAAUUCAAGACCAGAAUGUGGAAAAAGCAGUGGAGCGUUUUGAAAGGACAAGCUUUCAACGUUGUUGAAACGCUCAAAAAUCCAACACAGGGCCCAUUAGAGCUUGUCAGAAGAACAAGAACGCUUGUAAUUGAUGAAAUCAUGCAAGUCCCUUCCAGUACUUUACCACUGGCUAUUAUACAAAGCGCUAUGCGGGAAUCAAUUCCUUUUUCACCCUCUUCGCCAAUGGUUCUUUCAUCGUUACCUGAAGAGGGUACGAAUUCGGGAACAGCGAAAGACUUCAUCUCUCAGCGGCCCAACUUUACCGAGCACCUUCAAGAAGUUGGCGAAGGAGGCCGUCCUAUGACUGGUGAGUCCAGGGUGCAUAACACCAAGCCAUCAACUACUACUGACGCUCAACACGGACCUUCAGAAGAGGGGACUAGCGUUGGCAUCCAAGCAUCUUACAAAACAAAAAAAGUUGUGAUCGAGAGACUGAUGCUAGUUAAUUCGAAGCCCCCUGUAUUUACGUGGUGGUAA